AUGUCAGCGCUAAUAGAAGGGAAGCGAAUAACAAAGGAACAAGAUUCCAUGCUGCAUGUGCAUUUAGUGAAGCCAAAUGUUGACCUUCGACAGGUGACUGUGCUAACUGCAAAAGAUUGGCAGAGAAUUCAAGACGAGCUCCAUUGGAAGGAAAUAGAAGCAGAGAAAGUCCGACGAUGGAAGGAAAGAAAAGAACGGAUGAAAGAAAAAUCCGAAAAUAUUGUCAAAAACUGGCCCAACAGCUUGAUGAACCUACGCCAAAAGAAAUUGGACGACAUCAAGAAAAAAAAGGAGUCCGCCGAAGAACGAAGAAAGGAAAUGGAUCUUGAAUGGGCCGAGUACCAGGCAGCAUUACGGAAGGAUAUCAUUGAAAAAGCCAAAGAGAAACAGUACUAUCAGACAGAAAGGGUCAGAAAUCUUCACAGUGCUUAUCUGAUGACUGAAGUGAUGAAAGAAAGAGAGGAACAAAUUAAACUCAAACAAAUGUUGGCCGAUAACGACAAAAUCCGAGAAAAGCAAUGGGCGGACAAAGUGAAAGAGGAAAAUGAGAAGAUAAUGGAAAUCGAGAAACUCAGGAUAAUGGAGAUUCGAAAGAGCCUCAUGGAAAAGGCAGAGUUUGUUAAAUCCCAAAUUAACCGCACCUUGGACUUGAAGGAAAAAGAGAAAGACAAGAUGAGAAAAGAACAAGUGGAACUGAAUAAAUUAGCGGAACAAUGGCGACUUGAAAAAGAAGAACAGAACAAACUUCAUCGUGAGAAUGUCAAGCGAAGCGCUAUGGAAAACCGAAAGCAAAUUGAAGAAAACGAACAUAUUCGCAAAUUACAAGAGCAAUUGGAAGAGGAAGACAAUAAACAAUGUCGAAUCUAUGCUGACGCCAAACGAAAAUUGAUGAAAUUGCGAGCAGCUCGAGAAAAAGAAAUAGCCGAUGAAAGGCAGAAAUAUUUGGAUUUUAUCGUGGAUAAACUUUCUCGCAAUAUGCAGAAGAAGAAAGAUGAUGAAGAUGAAAGGAUUGCGAAGGCCGUAGCGGAAAUGGAUGCCAAGCAGAAAGCAGAAGAGGAAGAGAAAGAAAGAAAACGUCGAGAAGUCGUGGCCCAAUGUCAGCAGCACCUCUUGGAAAAGAAGAGGGAAGAUGAGCAGAAGAAAAUGGAAUUAAUCAAAGCUGAUCGUGAGUAUCUCAAAGACAGGAUGGAAGCAGACGCCAUUUGCCAGAAAAAUGACCUGGAAAAGAUGGAGAAGGAGAAACAAGGAAAACUGGCUCUUCGAGAUUAUCACAAGAAACAAAUUGAACAAAAGAAGCUGAAGGAAGAGGAACUACAAGAAUAUAAUCGGAAGUUUAAUCGAGCAGCGGAUGACUUAAAGAAACAAGAAGAAAUACAAUUUCAAAUGUACGCACAGAAUUUGAUUAAACAGUCUGCUCAAAAGGGACGCAACGUCUAUCCUCUUCUGGCCGCCGCUUGUCAAAACUCAACACCGCCAAAAAGCGCCCCAGUAAAAAGCAUCUCACCUAAUGACGACAGAAAAAACCUCGGUUUUAUUUGGUAA